AUGUCUCGUGAUCCAAAAUCUCGUCAAAGCUAUAUUAAUGAAUUACAAACAAUAUUCCAAACUUCAUUUUUGAUUGUGGCUCAACCUCAUUCUGGUGUAAAUCCGGUGACAAUAUAUGAACGAAAAGGUCCUGGUGAAUAUACUGCGAAAAUUUCCGUCACUAUCAUUUCAUUACUACAUGAUUUUAUGCAAACACAUCCAAAUUUAAUAGAACUUUUUGAUAUUGAACCAAGUUUAUCUCCUUCAUCACCUUAUUAUAAACUUGAAGAACCUCGUUCACUUUCUUGGAAAAUAUGUCAUUUACAAACAGCUCCAGGUGGUAAAACACGAACAUUUCUUUAUGCUGAAUUAUCGGCUAUUACUAUUGAACAAUCAUCAAAAACUGAUACACGUGUUCGAUUUGCUCAAUUAUUACAUUCAUUUAAAUUUGCAAUUAAACUUCAACUUAAUUUAGCUGAUACUAAAGCGUCACCGAUGUAUCAUGUUCUUUUGGAGUCAUUACAGUUUAGUAUUGGAGCUCAUAAUAAUCAAAUUCCACAAUUAUUAACACGUGUUAUACUUGAUGAUAUUCAAAAAUUUUCAAAAAUUCGACCAGCUGAUACUAGAACUGUUCUAAAUUAUAUACAACGUUAUUUUAUUCAUCGAACAGGUGUUAGACCUAAUGAAUGUGUUAAUAUUUAUCUUGAACAAGAAUUAGUUAAAGCAUCAAAUCAAAGAAGUAAUUCUCAAUUGAUAGAAGAUAUUUAUUGGGAUUUUCUUGUCAAUUUUGUACAUCAAGUAGAAUUUAUGGCUAAACAUCCCAUUCUAGCUAUGUUUCAUGCCGAUGGUCUUUUCCUUGGCAUAUGUAGCAGUGAACGAGCAGCUGAAGCUAUUGUUCAAUCAUCUAUAUCUGGUUCACCAAUAAUUGCACUUCGGUUUAAUUCGAUUCGAGUUGAUUAUUCUAAUGUGUCAACAUCAACAACAGGUAUCAGACCAGUCAAACUUCCUGCAUGUGCUAUUCGUGUUGAUAUUUAUCAUGAUCGUACAAAAAAAUUACAAAAUCGUACAUUUGAUUCUGGCACACUUAUUGUUGAUAUUAGCAAAUUUGUAUCAUCAGCUCAUACCGAAAAUGCUAAUCGUAUACAUAUUUUAUCGAAUUUUGAUGAUAGAACAAAUGAUAAAAUCUAUUUAUCAUUUAGUGAAUUUUCAAAAUAUUAUCAUGCACGAUUACAAGAAAUAUUGAAAAAUGAUGAAAAAUAUAAACCAGUUACAGAUCUUAUCGAUAAUGCUAAUGAUGGAAAUACUGAUGAAGAUGGUCUUGAUAGUUUUAGUCCAGGUUCUACUGAUUUUUUUCCAUUCAGUCCAAAUUCAUUAGCAUCAUUACUUCCAAUACCAUCAAAUGCAUUCGAUAAUGAACAGACUUCUGAUGAAAUGAGUGUUCAUGAUUAUACAUCUAUAGCGUAUGACAGUUCGACUAAUAGUGUUGCAUCACCACAGAAUAUUUUAUCUCCAUCCGAUCGAACACAACAGCAACCACAACAAACUGCAUAUGUAAAUAAUCACGAAGCCAUAUUAAAAUAUAUUCUUUCUCAACCAAAUGUUGCUGAAGAAGUCAUGCGUCGAUAUAGUAUUUACAAUGCAGCAUCACCAGUCGGACCAUCACAACAAACUCUACAACAGCCACAAGUACAAUAUCAACCGCCAAGUCCAAUAAUUGUUUCGCAACAACGAACAUCUCCACAAGUAUCAUUUCAACAAUCGCCACAACAGCCAUUAUAUCAUCAACAACAAUCACCUCAAGUUUAUCAUCAACAGCAACCAUCACAGAUUUAUCAUCAACAGCAACCAUCACAGAUUUAUCAAAAACAAGAACCACGGAUGCCAUUUCAACAGACAAUAAUACAACAGCAUCCGCAAGCACAUUAUCAAAGUCUUCAACGACAAGCAUCACCUUCAGUAAUUCAUUAUCUACCUAUCAAUACAAAUUCACCACCAUCACCAUUAACACAACCAAUGCAACAAUUACAGUUUCCAACAACAAAUAGUGCUGAUCAUGUGCAACAAGUCGUUUUGAAUCAAAUUCGUGAUUGGAAUUUAUCAAAUGGAAACUUAAAUCAACCAACUACAACUUCUAUUCAACAACAAAUACCAUCAAAUGAUGUAGACAAUUAA